AUUCAUAUGCUACAGACAUUCUACAAGCAUUAUUCAUCAAUGUCUAAUUGUGCCACGAAACAUACCCUCAAAAUGCCCUUUCUAAUUUUACUUUUCCAUUUUUUCAUCAACAUUUCACCAUCCAUUGUUGCUUUCACUCCUCAAGAUUAUUCCGAAGCUCUCGAAAAAUCAAUCCUUUUCUUCGAGGGACAGAGAUCCGGCCGACUACCGCCCACCCAACGCGUCAAUUGGCGCGCCGAUUCCGGCCUCUCCGACGGCUCCGGCUACCACGUGGAUCUCGUGGGAGGCUACUACGACGCCGGAGACAACGUUAAAUUUGGUCUGCCGAUGGCUUUCACGACGACUCUUCUGGCGUGGAGCGUCAUCGAAUUCGGAAGCUCCAUGAAGAGCCAGACGAAGAACGCCAUGGACGCAGUCCGGUGGGGCUCCGAUUAUCUCCUGAAAGCUUCGGCGGCGGCGCCGGAAUUUUUGUACGUUCAGGUGGGAGAUCCCAACAACGACCAUAGCUGCUGGGAACGGCCGGAGGACAUGGACACCGCCCGGAAUGUCUACAAGGUCUCGCCGCAGAAUCCGGGAUCCGACGUCGCCGCCGAGACUGCGGCGGCGCUGGCGGCGGCGUCCAUUGUGUUCAGAGAUUCCGAUCCUUCUUACUCUGCUAAAUUGCUCCAAACUGCCAAGAAGGUAUUCGAUUUUGCAGACAGGUAUAGAGGGGCUUAUAGUGAGUCUCUCAGCUCAGCAGUGUGCCCGUUUUACUGCUCCUACUCUGGAUACCAAGAUGAGCUCCUGUGGGGAGCAUCGUGGCUUCACAGGGCUUCAAAAGAGACAUCAUAUUUGUCUUACAUUGAGUCCAACGGCCACACGCUGGGAGCCGAUGAAGACGACUAUUCUUUCAGUUGGGAUGACAAACGAGCUGGAACUAAAGUUCUUCUCUCUCAGGCAUUCUUGGAAGAGAGCAUUGAAGAAUUUGAGGCGUACAAAGCACAUUCGGACAGGUACAUAUGCUCCCUUAUUCCGGACUCUCCAAGUUUUCAGCCUCAGUCAUUCACCCGCGGAGGACUUUACUACAAACAAAGCGAAAGCAAUCUCCAAUACGUGACAACAGCAACCUUCCUCCUCCUAACCUACUCCAAAUAUCUCACCUCCCACGGCGGCGCCGCCUCCUGCGGCGGGACAGCCGCCGUCUCCUCCGAAAAACUGGCGGCGGAGGCGAGGAAACAGGUGGACUACAUUUUGGGCAACAAUCCGGAAAAAAUGUCGUACAUGGUAGGAUUCGGACAAAAAUAUCCGCAACGUGUCCACCACCGGGGAUCGUCUUUGCCGUCGGUGCGCGCACACGCAGCCCGCAUCGGGUGCCAUGACGGAUUCGAUUAUUACAACUCCGGGUCGCCGAAUCCGAACAUCCUAGUUGGAGCCAUCGUAGGUGGUCCGGACAAUCAAGAUAAGUUUUCCGACGAGAGAAGUAACUAUCAGCAGUCAGAGCCGGCAACUUACAUUAAUGCGCCGUUUGUCGGGGCUCUCGCUUUCUUUGCGGCUUCCCAUUGAAGCUUAUUAUGCUCGCGAUUGUUCGGAUAUGGUCGUGUUUAUUUUAUAGGAUGAAAUUAUAAUAUAUAGUAUUAUUUUAAUGAAUUAUGAACCAAUUUAUUUAAACAAUUUA